UGUAAAUACAGAAUGAGGAAGAACCACAGUGCUGGUACUAUUGGACCUCAGCACAGCAUUUGAAACCGCUGACUAUGUGAGAAAAAUGGACAGCACUGUUACCCUUUGGCAGUUUCUUCUCCAGCUUCUGUUGGAUUCAAGUAAUGAGCAGCUCAUAUGCUGGACCAAUCAGGAAGGGGAAUUCAAAUUGCUGCAAGCAGAGGAGGUUGCCAGAUUGUGGGGAGCCCGCAAAAACAAGCCUAAUAUGAACUAUGACAAACUCAGCAGGGCACUCAGAUACUACUAUGACAAGAACAUCAUAAAGAAGGUGAAUGGCCAGAAGUUUGUAUAUCGCUUUGUGUCCUAUCCUGACAUCCUGAAAGGAGAUGUUGCCCCAACACCAGAGGGCGGGGAUGGUGCUGGGGAUAUCACACAUAUUUCAACCAGAGGAGAUGGGACUCUACAGGGAGGUGGGUCUGUUGACAGAGCCAAAGUGGAAGGAAAUACAGCAUCUUUGGGCACCAGCACCAAGCAAUCAAACCGUAAUGACUACAUUCACUCUGGCCUGUACACGUCCUUUCAUCUCAACUCUCUGCAAAACGGCCGUCAUCUCUUCAAGUCCAUCAAAAUAGAAAAUCCAGCAGAGAAGAUGGCUGACAAGAGGGGUCUCAACGCCACCAUACAGAGGCCAGAGGCACAGUCGUUGCCACAACAAGCCACUGCUCUGCCGUCAGUCAUCAAGUUUGGAAGUGCCCCUCCAAAGCCAGCACAAGCACUGCUUCCUCAGGUCGCCAUAGAGCCAACACCCAUGUCCAACGGCUUGAAUCCUCUCCAAACUACACCAGAGAGGGUUGAAGAUAUCAUCACACAUUCCUCCUUGCAACCUCAGGUCAUCUACACAUUAGAAAACUCCCAGCCAUCAGAGCCGGCUUUCAGCCUGUCAGACCUGAACUCAGCUAGCCUGUCCCAAAAUAUUGCAGCUGGUGCUUCUCAGGAACUAAUGAUCCAGGGCGACGUUGAGUUGAGAUCGUCUCAGCUUGCAGACACUCAGGCACAGGAAAAGGUGGACAGCGACAUCAGCUCGUCUGCAGAUGAGAUCACCUUGGUGGAUGUUGUGAGCAGCAGCACCAUGGUGAACAACCAGAGCUCAGGGAAGACGCGCAAACCCCCCAAAAUCCUGCAGAUCAGUCCCCCCACUCUGCUGGUCACCACCUCGGACUUCUCCCCCAUGAACAUCUGCAGUCCCUCACUACCUACGGCCUCCGUCACACCAGCCAUGCUGCAGACUCCCACUCUCCUGCUGACUCCCAGUCCUCUACUGUCCAACAUCCAUUUCUGGAGCACUCUUAGUCCGGUGGCUCCUCUCAGCCCGGCCACGCGGCGCCAGGGGGGGCAUCUGUUCCAAUUCCCCUCAGUCCUCACCCCCCAGUUCCAGAUCCCUGUCCACAGUCUGGACGGGACCAACACACCCGGUCCCAUUUCUCCGACCCACAGAAAACAUAGGCCGGUGCCGCUCGUCCCUCACGCAGCACUUCAGUUCUGACGGACAGACAGACACUCCACUAUUCCUGCUCCACCUCCCGUUCACAGAUCCAGGACAAGAAUGAGGGAGCCCAGUCUUUGCCAUUAGCCAUCAGGUUUGGUUUAAAGUUCCUGCUGCGUUCAGGUGUGUGGACACGGAUUCUGGACAGACAUUGUUGGAUGAAUGAGGGUGAUGACUCUUUUGUCUCUUGGUAUUUACUCCAAUCUGGAGGAGCAUCAUCACCGUCAUCCUAAUACACUUGCACAUUAAUUUGUCUUGGCCUAUUUUGGGAUUCUUUGUCAAAGCAAUCUAAAGGAUGGAAGAGUUUCCAUGGGGACCGUGUGGACCGGAUCUUCAGCAGCCACAAUCCACUUAAAAACAGUGAGCUUUCUGAAUAUCAAUCCUUGUUUUGUAUAACUCCAUUUUGAUCCUGAACAACAGUGUUAUUACCAACCCAGACCAGCUUUAUGCUGUAACUCCGGACCGUGUUCUCCUCUGCUCUUUCCUAACUCGUACUGUUGUUCAAGGUGAAUCUUUACCCUCGUUUACCUGCAGCUAUUAUAUCUCUUACGCAGAUCUCCACCCAAACUUGAAUGUCAAAUUUAGCUACAUUUGUUCUGAAAUGCUGGCCAUAUGUGACAAGACUUUUUAUUUUAGCAUAUUUGUUUUGUUUUCUGAUAUGUGGCCAUAAUCCCAACUGUACCUUAAAUCAUCCCUAUGCUAGUUACUUCUAGUUCUAAGUUCGUAGCACUCAAAAUAGGGCUGGGAGAUCAGUAUCACCAGAAGUUGAACUAAUCCAAACGAAUUAAUUAAUUAAUUAAUCAAAGAGUGGCCAUUUUUGUUUUUUUAUAUUUUGCCCUCAACUCAAUGACAAGGUUUUUUCCUGUAAAUAAGUUCAGCUAUUAAAAUGUUGAUAUUUUCCUAAUAAAAGAGCACUCAAAAAUAAGUGAAGACAAAUGCACACACGUGAACUAUUUAUGGUAAUUUAUGGAAUAUUUUAUAACAAUUGAAACCAAAGCACAAUCCCUUGAAAUGAAAACCUUUUACGAGUUCACAUAUUAGUUGUAGACAUUCUGGCCCCGGGGCCUUUAUAUGUAAUUACACUCAGACAUUACGUUCAUAAAGCAUCGUAAGAGCUUUGGAGCUGCUCCAUCAUCGGGUCUUUGUAAGAAAACGGAGUUGCUGAUUUCUGUGGUUUCCAGCGUACGGAGAACUGACCCGUCCCAGACCUGGACUGACCUGUCCCUGUCCACCAAUCCAGACCUGGACUGACCUGUCCCUGUCCACCAAUCCAGACCUGGACUGACCUGUCCCUGUCCACCAAUCCAGACCUGGACUGACCUGUCCCUGUCCGCAAAUCCAGAGCACUACAUGUCAGCAAUAAGUCUGAGAUAAUGACUAAACAAGUACAUCCCACCUUUUUAAGUUAUUUAAAGCUAUUAUCACAAUUUACCAAAGAUUCACCUUCUACCCCGGGGACAUCUGCCCCCUUAGCCUGCAGCUGCUUAGAGACAGAAACGGUGCCUUCCUAGAUCCAGUUAGUAUGUGCAUAUACAAUAUACAUAUACACAAAUGUAUAUGACACCAAAUCUUGUCACUUCUCAGUAACCCCUUUAAAAAAAGAAUUCAAUAAAACAUCUGAUUCAGGAAUGUAUUAGUGCUUCUUCCAUAAGUUCAUCAUAAAGCUGACAGCAGCUUUUCUUCAGAGUGUGAGGGAAGCGCUGGGCGACUCUCGUCCUGCACCGGUACGAGCUGCACCGGUACGUGUACGAGCUGCACCGGUACGAGCUGCACCGGUACGUGUACGAGCUGCACCGGUACGAGCUGCACCGGUACGUGUACGAGCUGCACCGGUACGUGUACGAGCUGCACCGGUACGUGUACCGCAGCCAUGAGUCCAGUGUGGGGGAUGAUACGUUCUGUUACAGUGAUAUGAAUGAACAGAAAAGACAUGGCUGAUCAACCAAGUACUUGUACAUAUUAUGGCUUGUACAUUUACUGGCUGACAAGACCAACUCAACGCAACUGACUGAAGCACAAUAACUGGUCUGAAAGUCUAAACUAAACUACAGAACAGACAAGUUCAUGAAGGGUGUGAUUUAAUCAGAAAGAUGGAAGAAGCGAGCACCGUAUCCCUGAAGGUGAGGGCGUCUCAGCUGGAGACAAAUGGCAGUACAGUAUAUUCAGGAAUGUUUGGAGGAAUGUGGCCAGGUUUCCAGAGGAACAGAGGACGUUCCAGCGUCACGUCUGCAGUCAUGUUUCUUUUGGGGAGAAAUCACAGCAGUGUUUGCAGAAGCAGCAGACCUUUCUCACCUUAGUAACAGGCUUUGAAUGGAAGGAAAAACUGUUGCAUUUUUCUUUUUAGAUUUGUGAUAUAUUAGUAAUCAUUUUUACACACAUACUCAUGAAAAUACAUAGACUACGUUUACAUGCAGUCAAAAUUCAGGUUAUUGCUAAUAUUCCGGUUACUGAAACAUUGGGAAUAUUCCGUUUACAUGGUAAUUAAUCAUUGGGGAUAUCUGGAUCAAACCAGCGACGCGCGGAGAACGUGAUGACGCAAUUCCCGUCAUUUCUGCUUCUUCUUCCUGUAUCCAAAUUAAAAACAAAUGCUGCUUCGCACAACUUUUCUCUCACCUUCUUGUAAAUCUUCUAUCCCGGUACUUUCUACCGUCUACAAAUGCAGAAAUGUUCAUAUCCUUCAUUACAUUUAUGAAGUGAUUAGUCUCCUCCUGGUCUUGGUUUCUCCGUGUUUAAAAGAACUUCCUGGACUCAAAAGACCAGGAUUCCUUGUGAACAGAGCAUGUGCAGAAAACAAAUUCCUGUUCCGUUUGAUGGGGAUAUUCCGUUUGGCGUUUACAUGACCCAAUAUUGGGGUUUUAAAAAGGAGUAACCCAGGGGUCAUAUUGGGGUUUUUAAAAACCCGAAUAUGAGCAAACUCGGGUUAUUCAAAGGGAUUAAUGGUGUUUAUGCUAUGGUUAAUGUAGAAAAACGGCUAUUUUGCAAAAUAGCCGGCUAAUGUGCAAAAUAACCGUCAGGGCGGCUAAUGUAGAAAAACAGCUAUUUUGCAAAGUACAUACAUUUUUAAGCUCAUGCUGCGCGGACAUCACAUUUUUAAUCAUCUCUCCAGUCUCGAUGCUCCGGUCAGCUCCAGACAAUUGUCUCGAGCUGACCGGAGCAUGCCGUGGCAAUCAUAGCAAUUAAUCCAAAUCCCAUGCAGUAUAUUCCUCAAUUGAGUAUUCCAAAACAAAUAAUGCAAACUACAGAUCACGUCAUUGGCACCCCAGAAUAGAGCGUUGCCACCAAGGUGGCAAAGCUCAGUGGAGUGCACUCACCUCUACCAGCCUUAUACGUCUGGGAAAUGUACUGUAAAUAUCCAGUGUGACAGUCUUUGUGAGGAAAGAUCUAUUCCACCUUCUCUUUGCACCUCCAAAACAGGCAAACAGUUGUUGCGUCUCUCUCAUGGAAGGUGAAGCUCCUAAACCCGAAUCAUGAUGAGAUGAGGUCUCUCCUCCUCCUCCUCCUCCUCCUCCAUUUGCACAAAUUGAUGAAACCAAAACAAACUAAGCAAACGUAAUUCAUUUGGUAGAUAGAGUCCAGUUACUACACUACAGAAUAGCCUACAGUUCAGUUGAAUGGAUGAAAUUUGCGCUUCAAACCAGUCACUUACACUGUCCAAUCAGGGCAGUUGGUGCGUAGCAGCCAAUGGAAGAAGCCCAUAUGCUAUACAUGCUUGUUGUUGACAAGGCUAUUUAUGGCUGUUGAGAAUCUUAAAGGGAUUGUAACAUGAAAAACAAAUUUUUCUUGAUUUUUUGUGUUUUGUUGGGUGUCUUGACAUCAAUUACACCCAAAAAACAAUGAACUUUUAACAUUCAGUGUAUUGUGUGCUUUCUGGGAUUUUCCGCAUAACUAUGCAAAAACGGCGCAUGUGGUUUGCUGGCGGGUCGUUACGUAUAAACCCGCUAAAUCACCGCCCCCUCCACCCAGCUCCCUGCCUCCUCUCCUCUCCAGCGCACCAUAAAGGCUGAUUUAUGGUUCAGCGUUACACCGACGCAGAGCCUACGGCGUAGGGUUACGCUGCGACGCGCACCGUACGCUGAACCCUACGGCGUAGGCUCUGCGUCGAUUUAACGCGGAACCAUAAAUCAGGCUUAACACGGAGCUGUUUAGAGCCUCUUCUCUUCUCAUCACCGGAGGAAAACUGCUAAGAAGACCCGCGGCCACUGACUGGACUUAAGAUAAGGGGACACUGCUGCUUGCAUGCCUUUAUUUUUAUGAUUGUUUGCGGUGGACUGCUUUUCUGUGCAUGCUUCGCCUGUCGCUCCCGGCUUAACUCUCCGACGCCGCUGUUAGAAGUCCAGUUCGGUGUGCGCACGGACUUCAUCCCCGGGCUGUAGUCGCCCUGUCUGGGCUGUGUGUGUGGGUGUUUGUGGUGUGCGCACGUGUGUGUGGAGACGCCGGCAGAAGUGUGUAGCAGUUGGGUUGGAGGAGGUUUGGAGGAGGAGCGGAGCAAUGAUUGACAGGAAAGGGGGGAAAGGAAGCAUUUUUCACAGCGCAAAAAAACACUGUCAUAAAAAGCCAGGAAUGGAGUACUAGAGUGAAGUUUUUCGUGUUACACCCUUUUAGACACAUUUGAGGGUUGUUGGCCAAGACUUUUAAUAGUGUUAAAAGCAUUUUAAAAAUGAUGUCACAAUACCUUUAACGUUACACUCCCCGAAAAAGUGUCGGGUCUGACACAUCCACAGCAUUAACCGGCUACUGCUGUUUUUCUACAUUAGCCGCCCUGACGGUUAUUUUGCACAUUAGCCGGCUAUUUUGCAAAAUAGCCGUUUUUCUACAUUAACCGUAACAUUUACAUGGCCGUGCAAAUCAGGGUUAUUGCCAAUAUUCAGGUUUUAAAAGGGUUAUUGAUGCAUGGAAACGCAGUCAUAAAGACGGGUUUAUGUGUGUUUGAGAAAGAAUGACUAUUUUGGGAUUAUGCAAACCAAUGGAGUUGGACGACCCUGCUAUGCAGGAACAGUUUAUAACAACUCUUAUCUUAGAUCUUUUCUGUUUGUUUUCAACAGCUCACUAUUCACUUCAAUUCAAAAUACUUUAUUAAUCCCUGACGAAAAAUUACUUCACAUGAAACAAUAGGAAUUUAUUAAUUGUGCAAUUAUGUAUUUAAAUAUAAUUUGACAAUUAUUAUUAGAAAUAAAUAAUUAAUGCAUAUUAAAAGUUGUUAAAGUACUAAUCAUAUGAACACAAAAAUAUGUAAUUAGUGUAGAACACUUUCUCGUUACUGUGAUUCUUAAAAGGUAAUGAGAAACAUGAAUACUGGUCAUGAUACAAUGUAGGCCAAGUUGACAAAUAGUGGAAAAUGUGAGAAAAGGACCUUUAGAGGAGCAUGAGGCAGGAUUGAGGCAGGAUUUAUGAAAAAAAAUUUGUAUACGUUUUAAGUUUUCCAGUAAUAAUGUCAGAUGAAGCGUUCCAAACCAAAAACAAUGAGCCCUCUAGUGUAUCUCUCCGUUGCCUUGAACAGGCUGUGUGCUGCAAAAUGUGCUGCAAUUGUGGUCCCGAAUUUCCUGCGCUGUCCUGUGGAUGUGACGUCACAUGACGCUGCAUGUGCGUUCUCCCCGUUCUCCCGUGCCGGCUUCGCUGUUGGCUGCAGUACCCCCGACGGCCGUUGUGGUGAAGGGUGGCGCUAAUGAGUCUCAUUUCUUAUUCUUGCCUCAAGCUCCUUUAACUUUGCAACAUGUUAUUGUCCUAACCAUUAUUUAAUUUAAAAAAAAUAUUCCCAUAUUAAAGGAUUAUAUUGUCCUUAUCAUUAUUUAAUUUUUAAAAAUAAUCCCAUAUUAUUCAUAGUAAUCAUCAAUGUAACGAAACAUUCAGUCACAUAAACAAAAGUCUAAUGAAGCGAGAGAAGAGAUUUUUACUGACCUCAUGUCCAUUCUGAAGUUUCUCAUUCUGGGACAGCGGGACACUUUAAAGUGACAGUUUUGUAGACGAGAAAAAGAUUGACACUUUCCAGUAAAUUAAAUAUAAGAACUAGCAAUAUUAACCAUAAACAGACAUUUGUACACAACUUUAUCUAAAUUAAUAUAAAAGGACCUUUUAGUUAAAAUGUUUAAAAAAAAUUCAGUAAUGAACCUGCACUGAUUUCGGUAACAGAAAUUCACUACCACUGAACAAAAAAAUAAAAUAAAAAAAGUAACCGUGAGAUUUAUUUUAUAGAAAAUAUCAUAAUUACUCUUCAUAAUUAUUUUUUGGAAAAUAUGACAGAGAAAUGUUUACUACGACUUCAUGGGAAUCAGCCAUAAAAGGGGGAAAAGGGGGAAUCAGAAAUGCAUUGUAAAGCGCUUUGAAGAACUUGCACAAGGAAAAAAAGAAGUAAACCAUUAAUCAUUAUGAGCUUGAAGGGUCUGUGGAGCUAAUUCUUGCAAUCUUGUUAUGGCAAAUUAAUUUUAAAGGUCCCUUUUUAUGCAAUUUUGAUACUUAUUCAUGUAGAUCAAGCACCAUCAAAGAGUGGUUUUACUUUGAAUGCGACUCAAAACUCUCCCGGUCUGUUUCUCUGGUCCGUUCCCUGCUCCUGCUCCUGCUCCUCCUGCUGCUGAUUUCCUUCCAAAACCAUCAGACAUUAACGCCAGUCCUGCGCUGCAGUGACGCAGACAGUUGGAGGAUGUUUCUUUUUUAACUGAAUGGUGUCUCCCAGGAGAAGGCUGGGUUCAUCUGCACUUUUCAUCCAGAGGACCAAUCUGCAGAUGAAUCCCUGCUUGCACAGAAUUCUUAUUUACUGCUUAAUCAUGCAGCUCUUGGAAUGACAAGUUGGCUUGAAAACUGGUAUAUGACAGUUAGUCAGUCUUGAACCUUUGGAAGUUGUAAAAAGUAUAAUAUAGGACCUUCAAGAUGUUUUUUUUUAUUUUUUGUAAUGGCCAAAUAGUGAAACAACAGCCAUUUCUGUGUUCUCAGAUGUAAUAUUCUUAUUUUGCAAGUUUUUUUCUUGUCAUUUGUGGAUUAAGGGACUGGCAGUUCCCAGGGUGAUGUUGGCCAUGUUGUUUUCUGUGUGUUUUUAGGAGGAAUUAAAGCCUUACUGGGAAGAGCUAUGUCUUAUAUAGAAUAUGUUUUUAUAUAUUAUUGAUUUUGUAAAAUGCAGAUGAGCUAAAACAUUUGUAUUUAAAAUUCUGGGAUCUCUGUUGUCUUGGAUUCUGUCUGUUUUCUAAGAUGCCAAUUUCUUCAGAUAAAAUGUUUGCUAACAGAGAAAUGUAUUUUCCUAAUGGAGGACACAAUUAUGCACUUGUAUUUUAUAUAGCAAAACAAAUUUAAAUCAAAUCUUUUUAUGUAAAUGAAACACUUAAACUGUAAUUAGGCAGUACCACAUUAUUUAUUUGUUUGAAUGUAUGCUGCACUUUAAAAAUGGUAGUAUUUUCCAGCAAGUCUAAUAAAACUAUAGAAUAGCUAGAAAACAAGCCCAAAUCUAAUCUAAAAGUUUCCUCUUGGAUUUGUCAUUUUCCUAUUUAGUCAUUUUGAUUCUCUGAAGAAUAUAUGCCUCCACUUUAGAAAAAAAAAAGAUUCUUAAAAGAAGUUAUGUUGUUGUUACAACCAAAAACGUAAUAACGGCCAAUAACGUAAUAACUGCCAAUAAUGUAAUAAUUUUGGCCAUUUCAAAUGUAAUAAAGCCAAUAGUGUAAUAAUGUGCCAAUAAUGUAAUAAAACUUUUGAGUCAAUAAUGUAAUAACUUUUUGCCGAUAAUGUAAUAAUUUUGUAAUAAUUUUUUAAUACCAGGCCAAUAACGUAAUAACCAGCCAAUAAUGUAAUGCCUUAUUACAUUAUCUGCAAAAAGUUAUUACGUUAUUGGCUCAAAGGUUUUAUUACAUUAUUGGCACAUUAUUACACUAUUGGCCUUAUUACAUUUGAAAUGGCCAAAAUUAUUACGUUAUUGGCCAUUAUUACGUUUUUGGUUGUAACAGUUGUUCUUUUUGUUUUGUCCUAUUCUUUUUGUUUGAUAUUCUUUAAAUGUUUACAAGCUGCUUGUCUUAAGUGGCGUAUCGAUGUGCAAAAACCAGAGGACGUUUGCGAAGCAGGAACAUUAAUGAGACCAAGAAUAAAUGCAUCUCU